UCAGAUUAACUAUUCGCUGGGUCUGUAGUUACUAAAGGAACUGCGUGGUUAGCUGUUAGCACCAGACAUGGGACACACAACGCAACGUCCUGGGUUACUUUAUACUCACUACUAGAUGGUACUCCACGGUUCUAUUYUUCUGAAGUCUGUGUCCUGGUGGUGACCCCUACGAGGGGUGAAGAGGARGAUCAUGGGUACGGGCAGUCAAGUCCGAUUGCUGCUGUGGAAGAACUGGACCCUUCGCAAGAGACAGAAGAUGCGGUUCUUCAUGGAGAUUAUGUGGCCAGUGGUUCUGUUCAUUGGACUAGUGUGGCUGAGGACAGCUAAUCCUUUAUACCGUCAACAUGAGUGUCACUUUCCCAACAAGGCCAUGCCCUCGACUGGCAUCCUUCCAUGGAUCCAGGGAAUCUUCUGCAAUGCCAACAACCCAUGCUUCCAGUACACCACCAGGGGAGAGGGCCCCGGGCUCGUCUCCAACUACAACGAUUCCAUACUGGCUCGGUUCUACUUGGACACCCAGGAGCUUCUUCUGAGUGACCCAGAGUUCCUGCAGCUGGGUCGGCUCUGGAGGGAACUGUUCACCAUGAGCACCUUCAUGGACACCCUGCGGACCAGCCCAGAACAGGUCUCAGGUCGAGGGCUGAAGGUAGAGGACAUUCUGAAGGAUGAUGAAACCCUGACGUCCUUUCUCCUAAGGGAUGUUCCUCUGUCAGAGUUUGUGGUCAAUGAGCUGAUCAAUGCCCAGAUCAGGCCUGAGCAGUUUGUGUUUGGCGUCCCUGACCUCCACCUGAAGGACAUUGCCUGCAGUCAGACCCUGCUGGAGCAGUUCAUCAUCUUCCCCAGCCGCAGGGGGCUGUACAGGGUGCACAGCAGCAUUUGUGCCCUCACACCACAGAGACUACAGACCAUAGAGGACAGGCUCUACGCCAACGUGGACUUCUUUAAACUCUUCCGUCAGCUUCCACGGGUGUUGGAUAACCACUCCAACGGUGUCGACCUACACUUCUGGGCCAGAGUACUCUCUGCCACCUCCGAAAAGCUGCGAGAGUUGUCAGAGAGGAACAGUUCCAAAGCGCUGGUGGAGGUGAUGUCCCCCCUGCUCCAGUCCCAGGGGGGCUCUCCCCCAUCUUUCAGCCAGCUGAUGGGGGCUGUGUCCAGCCUGGUGUGUGGCUACAUGGAGGGGGCCUUCUCUCGGGUGGCCUCCUUCAACUGGUAUGAGGACAACAACUACAAGGCCUUCAUGGGGAUCAACGAUAGCACCCGGGGAGGACAGGGACAGUACACCUACGACCACACCGCCACUCCGUUCUGUAAUGAUCUGAUGAAGGAGCUAGAGUCCAAUCCCAUCACCAGGAUCAUGUGGAGCUCUGUCAAGCCCAUGCUGAUGGGGAAGAUCCUCUACGCACCCGACUCCCCAGCCGUCAGAAAGAUCAUCAGAAACGCCAACACCACCUUUGAGGAGCUGGAGAGGCUGAGGACCAUGGGUCGGGCUUGGGAGGAGGUGGGCCCUCAGGUCUGGGCCUUCUUCCAGGACAGCAUUCAGAUGAACAUGAUCAGGGAUACCAUAAGGAAUCCCACGGUGAAGGACUACAUUGACAGGAGUCUACAGGACACAGAGUUCUCCUCUAAACACAUCCUCAACUUCCUGUACAACGGGCCAAUAGAGGACAGGGACUACAACAUGGACAACUUUGAUUGGAGGAAUGUCUUCAACUUCACAGACCAAGUCAUCCGUAUGAUGAACCAGUAUGGAGAGUGUCUGAUCCUGAAUAAAUUCUCUGGGCUGAACGAUGAGGAGCAGAUGACCCACAGAGCUCUGAGUCUGAUGGGGGAGAGUAAGUUCUGGGCUGGCCUGGUCUUCAUGGACACCUACCCCUGGACCACCAAGGUUCCACCCCACGUCCGGUUCAAGAUCCGCAUGGACAUCGACGCAGUGGAGCGCACCAAUAAGAUCAAGGACAGAUACUGGGACCCUGGUCCUAGGGCCGACCCCGUGGAUGAUCUCCGUUACGUGUGGGGGGGUUUUGCCUAUCUACAGGACAUGAUAGAGCAUGGCAUCAUCAGGACCCAGACCGGCAAGGACUGGCCCCUCGGUGUCUACCUACAACAGAUGCCGUACCCAUGCUACGUGGACGACCUCUUCAUGCUGACAUUGAACCGGUGCUUCCCCAUCUUCAUGGUGCUGGCGUGGGUCUACUCAGUGUCUAUGACCGUGAAGAGCAUUGUCUUGGAGAAGGAGCUCAGGCUCAAAGAGACCCUGAAGACCAUGGGGGUCACCAAUGGGGUUCUUUGGGUCACAUGGUUCAUAGACAGCUUCCUCAUGAUGGCUGCCAGCACUUCCCUGCUCACUGGGAUCAUUAUGGGUGGUAAGGUGCUGAACUACAGCAACCCUCUGAUCCUGUUCCUGUUUCUGCUAACCUUCACCACGGCCACCAUCAUGCAGUGUUUCCUACUCAGUGUCUUCUUUAACAAGGCCAACCUGGCUGCAGCCUGCAGCGGUAUCAUCUACUUCACUCUCUACCUGCCCCACAUCCUCUGCUUUGCAUGGCAGGACCGCAUCACCAAGGAUGACAAGAUCAUGGCGAGCCUGAUGUCCCAGGUGGCGUUUGGCUUUGGGACAGAGUACUUGUCCCGUUAUGAGGAGCAGGGUCUGGGUCUGCAGUGGGACAACAUCCAGACCAGCCCUCUGGAGGGGGAUGAGUACUCCUUCCUCACCUCCAUCUCUAUGAUGGCCCUGGAUACUGUACUCUACGCCGUCCUUGCCUGGUACCUCGACAACGUCUUCCCAGGGCAGUAUGGAAUUGGUCGGCCAUUUUAUUUCCCCAUCCUGCCCUCCUAUUGGCUCAACUCCAGACCCCCAAAGCCAAAAGAGUUGGAGAAACCCAGGUUUGACAACCUGGUAAACCAGGCUGAAGAGAAGCAGAAGACCAAUCAUGAACCAGGUGACGAACAGAAGACUACGGCACCAGAUGAGGAGCUGCCAUCCUGCAAACACCAGGACAAACGAGAGAGGCUGGGGAAGGGGAAAACGGAGGAGGAGGAGGAGGAGGAGGAGGAGGAGAACAAGAAGAACCAGGAGGAAAAACAAAAUGGAGAAAAAGAGGGUCAGCCCAGCCAUGCCUACUUUGAGGGGGAACCGGCAGGGCUGGUGGAGGGUGUGUGUGUUCAGAACCUGGUGAAGGUGUUUGGUAGGGGACAAAAACCUGCGGUAGACGGACUGAGCAUCACCUUCUAUGAGAGCCAGAUCACUGCUUUCCUGGGGCACAAUGGAGCUGGGAAGACCACCACCAUGUCUAUCCUGACGGGGAUGUUCCCCCCCACCUCGGGGACAGCCUCCAUCUAUGGGAAGGACAUCCGGACAGACAUGGACACCAUCAGGCACUCUCUGGGCAUGUGUCCCCAACACAACAUCCUCUUUCACCACCUCUCAGGCGGCAUGCAAAGGAAGUUGUCUGUUGCUAUGGCGUUUGUGGGCGGUGCCAAGGUGGUGAUUCUGGACGAGCCCACAUCGGGGGUGGACCCCUACUCCAGACGAUCUAUCUGGGACCUGCUACUCAAGUACCGAUCAGGACGUACAGUGAUUCUGUCCACUCACCACAUGGACGAGGCUGACCUGUUGAGUGACCGUGUGGCCAUCAUCUCUCAGGGUCGUCUUCACUGCUGCGGCUCCCCGCUCUUCCUCAAGAACUGCUUCGGUGCCGGGUUCUACCUCACCCUGGUUCGACGAAUGAAAUACGAGGGACCCAAGACCAAGAUGAAGUGUGACUGUACUGAUGAGUGUUCGUGUAAAUGCUCCACAUGUACCACGUACAAAGAAGAGUUACCUCAAGCCAAAACCCCGGACAGACAGAUGGACGGUGACUUGUCAAGCAUCACAGGGCUGGUCCACCACCAUGUCCCAGAGGCCCGUUUGAUCGAGGCUAUCGGCCAAGAGUUGACCUACCUGCUGCCCAACCAGGGCUUCCAGCCCAGGGCCUACGCCUCCCUCUUUAGAGAGCUGGAGGAAACCCUCUCUGACAUUGGCCUCAGCAGCUUCGGGGUCUCCGACACAUCACUGGAGGAGAUAUUCCUGAAAGUGACAGCGGAUGGUGAAGCCAAAUCUGUCAAAACUACACGAGACCAGAGAUUAUGGCAGCAGACACCUCGACCCAGUGUAGGACACAACAAAGUAGCACUCUAUGUCGACCAAUCUGAAGAGGCAGACGGGGAGACCCAGGCCAACAGGCAGGGGAAUUCUGGGGGCUCAGAGGGCAGCGAGGGGCGGGGCUCUAGACAGGUCAAAGGUGUCUGUCUGGUCCUGAAACAGUUAUUUGCCCUGCUCAUUAAACGGUUUCACCACGCCACAAGAUCACAUAAGGACUUCUUUGCUCAGAUAGUUUUGCCUGCCAGUUUUGUGUUCGUGUCACUGAUGUUCACUACGAUCGUACCUCCYUUUGGAGAGUACCCCAGCCUGACCCUUAGUCCCUGGAUGUAUGGACGACAGUUCACCUUCUUCAGUAACGAGCGUAUCCUGGACCCUGAGAUGAGGUACUUUGGAGAGGUGCUGCUGAACAAGCCUGGUUUUGGGACUCGCUGCAUGGUGGAUGAACCUCUGGAGGAUUUCCCAUGUAAUAACAUCACAACGGAGUGGGAGAUGCCGCUAGUGAACCCUGCUCUGAGAGACAUGUUGGAUGGACCAGAGUGGACCACAGUUAACCCUUCCCCAGGCUGCCAGUGUAGUACCCCUAGGAAACUCACCAUGCUGCCUGUCUGCCCUGAGGGAGCAGGGGGGCUAACACCACCACAGAGGAUCCAGUCGACAGGUGAUGUUCUGGUGGACCUAACAGGCAGGAAUAUCUCUGAUUACCUGGUGAAGACUUACCCCUCCCUCAUCAAGGCCAGUUUGAAGAGCAAAUACUGGGUGAAUGAACAAAGGUAUGGAGGUAUAUCUGUCGGGGGACAGCUUCCUGUGUUAGAUGUGGACCCUAAGACCAUCCAGGACGCAGCGUCACAGCUGGGACGACUGCUCAAUGUUACUGGGGGUAAAUACUCCAAACAAACUCUUAAGGACAUAGGAACCUUCCUUCGAUACAUGGAGAGUGAAUACAAUGUCAAGGUGUGGUACAACAACAAGGGCUGGCAUGCCAUGGUGGCCUUCAUGAACGUGGCCAACAACGCCAUCCUCAGAGCCAACCUGCCCAAAGAUGCCAGGCUGGAUGUAUACGGCAUCACCACCAUCAACCACCCUCUCAACCUUACCAAGGAACAAUUGUCUGAAGUCACUGUCCUGAGCACCUCAGUGGAUGCGAUGGUGGCUAUCUGUGUGAUUUUUGCCAUGUCCUUCGUCCCAGCCUCCUUUGUGCUCUACCUCAUCCAGGAGAGGGUGACCCAGGCCAAACACCUCCAGUUCGUCAGCGGGGUCAGUCCUGUCAUUUACUGGAUGGCCAACUUCCUCUGGGACAUGGUGAAUUACUCUAUCAGUGCAGCACUGGUGGUGGCUAUUUUCAUGGUCUUUGACAAGAAGUGCUACACGUCGCCAACCAACCUCCAACCCCUGACAGCCCUGCUCAUGCUCUAUGGGUGGUCUGUGACGCCCAUGAUGUACCCCAUGUCCUACGUCUUCAGUAUUCCCAGCACAGCCUACGUCUCUCUGUCCUGCAUCAACCUGUUCAUUGGCAUCAACAGCAGUGCCAUCACCUUCAUCCUUGACCUGUUUGACAGCACAGCGGCGCUGUAUAAGUGUAACCAGCUGCUGAAGAAAAUGCUGCUGAUCUUCCCCCACUAUUGUCUUGGCCGGGGUCUAAUCGACAUGGCUAUGAACCAGGCUGUUACUGACGUCUAUGCCCGCUUUGGUGAGGACUUCAGUCUGGACCCCUACAGUUGGGACUUUGUAGGGAAGAACCUGGUCUUCAUGGCUAUUGAGGGCUUUGUCUAUUUCAUCGUGAACAUCCUGAUCCAGUACCGCUUCUUCCUGGAUCACUGGAUCACAGAUUGUAAGACGGAUCCCAUCAUGGAGGAAGAUGUGGAUGUGGCCCAGGAGAGAGAACGCAUCUAUAAUGGAGGAAGCAAGAAUGAGAUCUUAAAGAUUAGAGACCUCACCAAGACUUACAUGGGGAAGACUAAGCCAGCUGUGGACAGAAUCUGUGUGGGAGUGUCUCCUGGGGAGUGGCUUUGGGCUCCUGGGUUGAACGGAGCAGGGAAGACCAACUUUAAAAUGCUGACCGGAGACACUGAUGUCAGCUCAGGAGAAGCCUCUGUCACUGGUCACAGCAUCCUUACCAAUAUCCUGGACGUGCACCAGAACAUGGGCUACUGCCCCCAGUUUGAUGCCAUAGAUGAGCUGCUGACUGGCAGAGAGCACCUCCAUCUGUAUGCCCGCCUCAGAGGGGUGCCUGAGUCCGAGAUCAGCAGGGUGGCAGACUGGGCAAUUCAGAAGCUGGGUCUGGCUGACUAUGCUGGCCACACAGCCGGGACCUACAGCGGCGGCAACAAGAGAAAACUAUCCACGGCCAUUGCCAUGAUCGGCUGUCCUCCGCUGGUCCUGCUGGACGAGCCCACGACAGGCAUGGACCCCCACUCACGUCGUUUCCUGUGGAACUCCAUAAUGAGUGUAAUCCAAGAUGGCCGAGCAGUGGUCCUCACCUCACACAGUAUGGAGGAGUGUGAGGCUCUGUGUACCCGUCUGGCUAUUAUGGUCAAUGGCACCUUCCAGUGUCUUGGUACCAUCCAGCACCUCAAAUACAAGUUUGGUGAUGGUUACGUGGUCACCAUGAAGAUCCAGGCCUCCACACCAGGUUGUCCCCCAGACCUGAACCCAGCCGAGGCCUUCAUGGAGAGCACCUUCCCUGGCUGUGUCCAGAGGGAGAAACACUACAACACUCUGCAGUAUGAAAUCGCCUCUUCGUCCCUGGCUAGGAUCUUCCAGCUGGUCCUGGCCAACAAGGACCGCCUCAAUAUAGAGGACUACACCGUCUCCCAGACGACACUAGAUCAGGUGUUUGUGAACUUUGCCAAGCAGCAGUCAGGAGAGGACGACGGCAUGGUGCUGCACCCGAGGGCCGCUGGGGCACGGAGAAAAGAAAUCAAGGUCACACCCCUAAGUUGUCUGGGGAAAUGAACCGUCCCUCCCCACACGCACACACACACACGCGUUUUGUGCGUUAAACACACGCGACACACCCACACACCAUGCACACAGUAAACACACACAUAACACACACACACCAGAAACUCAGACAGGAAGAGUUUGUCUGGGAAAUUGAACGCUCCUAGAAGACUACGUGGAGGAUAGUGAAGGGAGGUUGACUAUGGU